GAAUCCACGUUCCCUAGUCUCGGUCUCAACUCCCAUCCACUUUGGUUUCCGUGUUUUCCGAUCAGCUUUCGCCUCACCCGAGUGACAGGAAGUUGUCCCAGACAUAACCGGAAAUCGAGUUUAUCCCCCAAAAUAUGAAGUAAAAAGUAAUUUUCUCUUAAACUUCCCGGAACCCGCGACCUCCGAGAGGAUGUCCGCGUCUGCCCGGAGCGGAGAGAUCAUCCACCUGAACGUGGGAGGGAAGAGGUUCAGCACCUCCAGACAGACGCUCACCUGGGUUCCUGACUCCUUCUUCUCCAGCCUGCUGAGCGGACGCAUCUCCACCCUGAAGGAUGAGACCGGAGCGAUCUUCAUCGACAGAGACCCCUCCCUGUUCGCCCCCAUCCUCAACUUCCUGCGGACCAAAGAGCUGUACCCGCGCUCCAUCAACGUGCACCUGCUCGUGCACGAGGCGGAGUUCUACGGCAUCACGCCGCUCGUGCGGAAGCUGCAGCUGUGCGACGAGUUGGACCGCUCCUCCUGCGGGAACGUGCUGUUCAACGGCUACCUGCCCCCCCCAGUCUCGCCAGCGAAGCGUCGGAACCGGCACAGCGUGGCGGGACCGCAGUUCAUGGCGGGCCGGGCCGUGGCGGCGGAGAGGGCGCCGGUGAGGCGCAGCAACACCAUGCCGCCCAACCUGGGGGCGUCUGGGAUCCUGCGGAGCUGCGAGGAGCGCGCGCCCUCAGGGGGGUCGGCGGACGCCGGCAUGGUGCGGAUCAUCUGCGGACACUAUAACUGGAUCGCUGUGGCCUACGCCCAGUUCGUGGUCUGCUACAGGAUGAAGGAGUCGACGGGAUGGCAGCAGGUCUUCACCUCUCCUCGCCUCGACUGGAUGAUCGACAGAGUGGCGCUCAACGCCAGAGUGAUGGGCGGCUCCCUGGGAGACAACGACAAAAUGGUGGCCGUCGCCUCGGUGACCGAGAUCAUCCUCUGGGCCAUCUGUCCAGACGGCAAUGGAAACGAAAUCGGCGUCUUCAGCCUGAACGUGCCGGCAGAGGCGCUCUUCUUCGUCGGGAACCAGCUGAUCGCCACCAGCCACACCGGGAAGAUCGGGGUCUGGAACGCCGUCACCAAACACUGGCAGAACCAGGACGUAGUUCCCAUCAGCAGCUACGACACCGCCGGCUCCUUCCUCAUCCUCGGCUGCAACAACGGCUCCAUCUAUUACAUCGACGUUCAGAAGUUUCCUCUGAGGAUGAAGGACAACGACCUGCUGGUGACGGAGCUGUACAGAGACCCCACCGAAGACGCCAUCACUGCGCUCAGCGUUUACCUGACGCCCAAAACCAGCGACAGCGGGAACUGGAUCGAGAUCGCGUACGGAACCAGUUCUGGGACGGUCCGGGUCAUCGUCCAGCAUCCAGAGACGGUCGGUUCUGGACCGCAGCUCUUCCAGACCUUCUCUGUCCACCGCAGCCCCGUCACCAAGAUCAUGCUGUCAGAGAAGCACCUGAUCUCAGUUUGUGCAGAUAACAACCACGUGCGGACGUGGACGGUGACGCGCUUCAGAGGGAUGAUCUCCACGCAGCCCGGGUCCACGCCGCUCACCUCCUUCAAGAUCCUCAGCCUGGACGACGUGGACGGACACGGGGGCUGCAGCGCCGGCACCGAGAUCGGUCCUUACGGAGAAAGAGACGACCAGCAGGUCUUCAUCCAGAGAGUCGUCCCGGACACGGACAAGCUCUACGUCAGACUGUCGUCCAACGGGAAGAGGGUGUGCGAGGUGCGCUCGGUGGACGGGACCUCCAUCACGGCCUUCGUGGUGCACGAGUGUGAGGGCUCCAGCCGAAUCGGCUCGCGGCCGCGCCGCUACCUGUUCAGUGGCCAUGGCAACGGCAGCAUCCAGAUGUGGGACCUGACCACCGCCAUGGAGAUCGCCGGCAAGGUGGACAUCAGAGCGCUGGGCGGGCCGACGGAGGAGGAGCUUCUGGAGCUGCUGGACCAGUGCGACCUGGCUCUGACCCGAACACCUGACAGCACCCCGAGGGCCUCCACCUGCAGCCUCCACUCGCAGCUCAGCGACAGCUUUCGGAUGGAGCGCCUUCACUCAGCAGGAGGCCGAGGAGCAGCUGGAGCUUCGGGUUCUUCUGCGUCGCUGUGCAGCAGCCUCCCCCGGCAGGCUCCGCCUCCGCUGCCCCUAAGCAAACCUGCCCGUGACCCCGGCCCCUCCCCUGCUCCUCAAAGCUUUGCCGUCCCCACCCACUCCUCCAGUCCCCGCCCCUCCAGGGCAGAGCGGGACGUGGUGUCGGUGCGGCGGGGCAGCUUCGUCGAGCGCUGCCAGGAGCUGGCCAAAGGCUCGGAGGCGGCCUGUUCGGUGUUUGGGCCGCCGGUGGGGGGCGGGGCCGAGGGCUUCAGGCGGAGCUUGGCGGUGUGCAGCGAGCUGGACGCCAGGUUCUCCUUCAGGAGCCCCACCAGCUUCUCCGUCUCCCCCGGAGCCCGCCUCUCCUCCGGAACGCCGUCUCCACUGUCCUCGUCUUCACUGCAGCGCAGAGCCACGCCCACCUCGCCAACGAGCCCCGCCCCCACUGCGGCGGCUCACUCUCUGACACCUUCCUCCCCUCGCCAGGCAGCCGGCUCACCUGCAGACGCCCCCGCCUCACCUGAGAGUCCGGGCGGUGUGGACGGCACCCCCACCUCACCCAAACCCCCCAUGAACGAGACCAGCUUCUGAGGACUCAACCAUGUCGCCAUGGUUACCACAGACCCUUCAGUCCUCCCGCUCUGGUCCGGGAGUGGAACCGGUUUACCGGAGACCGGUUCUGUUUGGUUCCAGACGGAACCCAGAGGUCCAACUAUGUCAGAGUUGAGAGAACAGAAUUGCGGUUCUGGUACAGAACCGGAUCCAAAAACAGCAAGAGCUGAACAAACACAUCGAUACGUUCUUUAAAGGGCUUCAACUGUCAAAAACCAAAGUCACGCGGUGGGCUUUCAGGGGAAAGGUUCUGGAUCUGCAGUUCUGAACCUAAUCCUGCAGAAGCUCCGCCCCCUCUGAGCUCACAUGCACCUUUUUUAGAAGUAAAGGUGGAGAAAGACGCCGGAGAGAAGAAGGGCCGAGAAGACGCUCAUGAGCGUCGGUUCAAAUCCGAGACAUGGAUGAAGGCUUGGAACCUGCCUCUGACCCGGUUCCGACCCACAUCUCUGAUCCACCUCUGGUCUCAGAGAUCCACUUUGAAUCAAAAAGAGAAAAAAGCACUUGGGUCCAAAUACAGAGCCCUGUGGAACACCAGGACUGAUUCCAGGGUUGAUGAAGAACUUUGUUAUUCUGGAUUGAUGUUAUCAAUAAUAUAUUUGUUUUGGAAUCUUUUCAAUGACAGGAGGUGAUGGUGAGGAUGAUGAUGAUGAGGAUGAGGAUGAUGAUGAUGAGGAUGAUGGUGAGGAUGAUGAUGAUGAUGAUGAUGAUGAUGAUGAUGAGGAUGAUGAUGAUGGUGAUGAUGAGGAUGAUGGUGAUGAUGAUGAGGAUGAUGAUGAUGAGGUCAGAUGGUGAAGAUGUAAAGAUGGAGUCGACAUUGUGACCAAAAGAAACUUAAAAAUCUUCUCAAUUUCCGUUUUUUUUUCUUUUAGUAAUUGUUCCAGGAAAGAAUGUUCUGGUUCCGAUCAGGAUCCAGAACCGGAACCACUCCAGCCUUUAAACAUACAUUUGUUGGAUCUGUUUUCAAACAGAUCAGCCGAACUGAAGAACCACGAGGAGCUUCAGCGGUUCUGCUCCUCACUCUGAAUGUUUUUCAACAAUCGUUUGUAUCAGAAACUUAUUUUUCUAGUUUUUAUGUUGAAGAAGCUGAAAGUGAAGCUGAUUUUCUGUCUGUGGGAUGAAGUAGUUCUUCCUGUCAGAAGCGUCAGGCCUGCAGAUCAGCACCUGCAGACCUUUACUGUAGACCUAAACGGAGACGAGGAUUGAAAUCAAAGCCAUAAUCAGAUGUUCAGCCGUAAAUCAGACGCUGCAGAAAUACUAGAACUUCCUGUAAAACUGCAGAUCCUGGUUCUAUCAGGAGAUCUGAUCGGAGAGACGGAUCAUCAGAUGUUUGUCCGUCUGCAGCUGAAGGAUCUCUGGUUCCUCCUGCAGGUUUCUGCUCUUUAUCCUCCGAUUGAUGUUCCUAAAGAGCUUCAGUCGCAGCGUCUGCAGUUUCUUUGACUUUUGAGGAGAAAAGAAACAGAAUCUCUAAGAAGGAAAAGCAGAAAUGUGUCUGAAUAAAGUCUUUCAGAUCUC